AUUCUGAUCCAAAAUAUUGUCGUACAUUAAAUGAAGAUGAAAAAAAUGAAUUAAGAAUAUUCAAUGAACAACAACGACAUAAUGCACUUGGUCGUGGUUCAGCUAUGCAAUUGCCAUUGACACAAUCACCUUUGCCAUGUCGUGGAUGUCAAAAAUUGAUUGAUUCUGGUUCGCUAUGUGUAUUUGCCGAACGAGCCGGUCGAUCUGGUCUUUGGCAUCCACAAUGUUUUAAUUGUACACAAUGCAAAGAAUUUCUUGUUAAUUUAAUAUAUUAUUAUAAAGAUGGUCAACUUUAUUGUGGACGACAUCAUGCUGAAUUAUAUAAACCACGAUGUACAGCAUGUGAUGAGAUAAUCUUUAGUGACGAAUGCACUGAAGCAGAAGGUUAUAGUUGGCAUAUGGAUCAUUUUUGUUGUUCAAAUUGUCAAAAACGUUUAGGUGGUGAACGUUAUGUAAUGCGUCAAACUCAACCAUUUUGUUUAAAUUGUUUUGAAACUAUGUAUGCUGAAUAUUGUGAUACAUGUGGUGAACGUAUUGAAACUGAUCAAGCACAAAUGGCACAUGAAUCUCAACAUUGGCAUGCUACAGAUGCUUGUUUUUAUUGUUAUACAUGUCGUAUUCCACUACAUAAUCGUGGGUUUUUUCCACGUUACGGUGCACUUUUUUGUUCAAAUGAUUGUGCAACACAACGAAAUAAUCGUUUAAUUAAUACAAAAUUAAUACAACCAAAUAAAUUUCAACAAGGUCCUGAUCUUAUUCCUACAUCUUAUACACACACAAAUCAACAUGUUAGAAUUCUUCCUGCUCGUCCUAAACUUACCAAUAAUCAUCAUCAACAACAACCACCACCACCACUACCACAACAUCAAAUACAAUCGAAUCGACGAAUUAAAGAAUCAACUGGUUAUGUAUCUGAUGGUGCUGGUGUACAAAAAUCGAAACGUGAUUAUAAUAAUGGUUAUUUAUCAGAUGCUACUGGUAGUCGUCGAUAUAAUCGUCAUCAACAAUCACAAGUAUUUCUUCAAUAUCAAACAUCUCCACCCAAUGAUCCUCAUCAACAACAAAUUAAUAUAACACGAAGUCGUUCACGUGAACCAAUACAAUUUUAUAAUGAUUUAAAUCUUGAACAACUUGAUCGACAUGGUGCAACAUUAGAAAUUGCACGUUGUUCAACAUCAAAAUCAUCACGUGCAUCAUUACCUGAUUUAAGCCAUAAAUCUAUAUCAAAACCAAAAGUAAAACCUUAUCCAACAAUAUCACAAGAAACAUUAGUUGAUCAACCGAAUCAUAUGAAAAAUUUUGAUUCAAAUGAAAUUAUGUAUCCAAUAUCACGGCCUAAAUCAUCGACAACAACAGCAACAACAUCAUCACAAUUUCCACGUUCACGUUCGUUAAAUGGUUCGGCACGUUUUACAAAACAACAUCAUGUUCGUUUUGUUGAUGAUGACAAAGAUAAAUCAUAUAAACGUUCGCCAACAAUGAGCUAUCGUUCAAAGAAAAAUUUCUCAUCAAUACGUCGUUCAUCAUCAUCGUCAUCUUCAGAUGAUGAUAACGAUGAUCAAGAUGAUAUUAAUUCACUUUAUUAUCAAUAUGAUAUACAUGGUAAUCGUCUUCGAAAACCAUUAAAUUAUGGAACUAAAAUUAGUUAUGUUGAUGAAUGUGGUCUUGGAGUUAAUACAAUCAAUCCAAAUUUAAUGAAGAAAUCGAUGACAUUGAGUAAAAAAGAGAAGAAAACAAAUAGUGGACGAAGGAAAAAAGAUUGUAUUAUAAGUUAA